CAAGUCCUCGCGCUGCUCCUCCGGGCCGGGGCCGAGGCCGCUGCACUACAGCUCCCAGCAGCCUUUGCGCCGCGCUGUGACUCUGCCUGGGCGACCCUGGCGCUGGCUGGGAUGGAGUGAGUCUGAGGGGCAGGCGGAGGAGAGAGCACAGCCCACCGAGCCCCUCCACCCCCGCCCCGGGCCCAUGCGGCCCCCCAGAGACCAUGGGAUCCAGGAUCAAACAAAACCCGGAAACAACAUUUGAAGUGUAUGUUGAAGUAACCUGUCGAGGGACAAGCAGCAUUGGAGCAGGUGCCUUAGGUGAAAGUUGCUGGCAGAUCUUGGCCUAUAAUAGCAACAUGUUUGCUGAUAUACAAGAUCCUGAGGUGCGGAGGAAAUUCCCAGAGGACUACAGUGACCAGGAAGUUCUACAGACUUUGACCAAGUUUUGUUUCCCCUUCUAUGUGGACAGCCUUACAGUCAGCCAAGUUGGCCAGAACUUUACAUUUGUGCUCACAGACAUUGACAGCAAACAGAGAUUUGGAUUCUGUCGCUUAUCUUCUGGGGCCAAAAGUUGCUUCUGUAUCUUAAGUUAUCUCCCAUGGUUUGAAGUCUUUUAUAAGCUGCUCAACAUCUUGGCAGAUUAUACAGCAAAAGGACAGGACAGUCAGAGGAAUGAACUCCUAGAAACACUUCAUAAACUUCCCAUCCCUGACCCAGGAACACCUGUUAAUCUCAGUGUGCAUUCUUACUUUAGUGUGCCUGACAUCACAGAGCUUCCCAGUAUCCCUGAAAAUAGAAAUCUGACAGAGUAUUUUGUAGCCGUUGAUGUCAACAACAUGCUGCAUCUCUACGCUAGUAUGCUCUAUGAACGCCGCAUCCUCAUCUGCUGUAGUAAACUGAGCACUUUAACUGCCUGCAUUCAUGGGUCUGCAGCUAUGCUCUACCCAAUGUUCUGGCAACAUGUUUACAUUCCUGUUCUGCCCCCGCAUCUAUUGGACUACUGCUGUGCCCCGAUGCCCUACCUCAUUGGAAUACAUUUAAGUUUAAUGGAGAAAGUUAGAAAUAUGGCCCUGGAAGAUGUGGUGAUUCUUAAUGUUGAUACCAACACACUGGAAACUCCUUUUGAUGAUCUACAGAGCCUUCCCAAUGAUGUGGUUUCUGCACUCAAGAACAGAUUAAAGAAAGUCUCCACAACUACUGGGGAUGGUGUGGCAAGAGCGUUCCUAAAAGCCCAGGCCUCUUUCUUUGGGAGCUACAGAAAUGCACUGAAAAUUGAACCCGAGGAGCCAAUCACUUUUUGUGAAGAAACGUUUGUGUCUCAUCGUUCUACUGCCAUGAGGCAGUUUCUUCAGAAUGCUAUUCAGCUUCAGCUCUUUAAGCAGUUUAUUGAUGGACGUCUUGAUCGUCUCAACUCUGGAGAGGGCUUCAGUGAUGUUUUUGAAGAAGAGAUAAAUAUGGGAGAAUAUGCUGGGAGUGACAGACUGUACCAUCAGUGGCUCUCUACAGUAAGGAAAGGAAGUGGAGCCAUUAUAAAUACAGUAAAGACCAAGGCUAACCCGGCCAUGAAGACUGUCUAUAAGUUUGCAAAAGAUCAUGCAAAAAUGGGAAUAAAAGAGGUGAAAAACCGCUUGAAGCAAAAGGACAUUGCUGAGAAUGGAUGCUCUGCAACACCAGAAGAGUCCCUACCAAGGACAUCUCCUUCUCCGUUGGGCGAAAAGAAGGACCCUAAACUCAGAGAAGAUAGAAGACCAAUCACAGUACACUUUGGGCAGCAGCAAAGAGUACGUCCACCUCGGCCGCCUCCUCCAAAGAUACAGCGUUCAUCUAGGCCCGUUCGUCCUCCAAGACCUCACGUUGUUAAGAGACCCAAGAGCAACAUUGCUGUGGAAGGGCGAAGGACUUCAGUUUCUAGUCCAGAACAGCCUCAGCCAUACCGGGCCCUGAAAGAGUCUGAUAGUGCUGAUGGAGAAGAGGUUCUCAGUCCAGAAGAAGCAGAGGAGGCUCUGCCCCCAGGCCCUUCUACGCCAGACAAGGUCACAGAAGUUAACCUCCUGGAGGACAUUUUCACUAAUUUAGAGGUGGAAAAACAGCCUCAACCUCUCAGCCAAGCCAAAAGCUUGGAAGACCUAAGGACCCCCAAAGAGGAGGGUGUGCUGCAAUGUACUUUUGAUUACCAGAGGAUGGAUCUUGGUGAAUCUGAGAGAAGCAGGAUUGUGCCAGCAAUGAAACUCUCUCAUCCCUACAACAAGCUGUGGAGUAUGGGUCACGAUGACAUGGCUAUUCCUACCAAAUAUUCCCAAAGCUCACCAGAGAGGCCCCUGACUUCUUUUGGGACCAUCCCAUCAAUCCCACGGAGACCCCGGAGCAGAGACAGCAUCUCGGUGCCUGCGGAAAAGGAAGAAGGGAACACGGCUAUUCAAGGGAACAUCACCAUCCCUAGACCACAGGGCCGAAAAACUCCUGAGCAAGGGAUAGUCCCUCCACCGCCAGCACCCAGACCCACCAAACCCCAGACUCCAGCUGGGACAGCAGACGCUGUGAACGCCUACACUACGGGAUGUAGCGACUUGGUUUCAGAGCUCAUGCAGGAGCCCUUUGGAGCCGGGAAUGUGUCCCUUGACCCAGAAUUCAGACAGUCAGUAACUUAUUCCCCUCACCCCUCUCAGCUUCUCUCCAGUUCUAGCAGUAUUACUGAGAUGCUCCAGCCAGUCAAGGUUAGUACAGAAAAUGCCGGUAGUGAAAGUGACUAUCUUCUUCGUCUGCUGGAUCCAUUAAAAACAACCAGCUGGCAAAACAUGGGAUCCCAGCAAGGCUCCAGCAGUAUGCAGAGCUCAGCCUCUCGAAGCUCUGCUGCCAGCUUUGCUUCAGUGGUGAGCGACUUUGCAUCUCCUCCGCCGGCACCAUUCACCCAGCCGCUGGGAUACCCUCCUUCAGCACCGCCAUUUCUGCAGCCAUCCCUCAAUCCAUUUACACAGACGGUGCCAGCAGCCCUGACAAUAUCGCUGGUCAGACCCCCAGGGGGGCCCUUUACCCCUCCUUUAGGCCACGCUUAUUGCUCCAGCUUCAUGACACCUAAUUCUGGCUUUUACCAACCACAGCGACCUAAGCCAAACAUUGCAGCGUUGUCCAUGCCCCAUCUAUUUGGCCAGGCUCCGACAGCACCACAGGCUAGUUCCUUACUGCAGCAGAGCCAUCACCCUUCCCCAGCCAGCUCUCUGGAGCCAGCACGUCCUUCUAAAAUCAGAACAUUACCAGCAGGCCAUUCUGGCUCAAAGAUAGCUGUCAAGCAAGGGGUGACGCUAAGUUCUAACGACCCCCCUCUGGUUCCCCCGAGGCCCGCUAAGGGCGUAGAGUCAGUGUUACUUCCCUCAAAGCCUGAGGAGACAAAAGAUCCAUUUGAAGAUUUGUUAAAAAAGACAAAACAGGAGGUUUCAGGCACGCCAGGUAACGUAGAACAGCUCAGAAAGCAAUGGGAAACCUUUGAAUGAUGCUCCCACCCGACCUUAUUUCUUUGGGGGGUUGGAUUUUUUUAUUUUAUUAUUACUGUUAUUUGGUUGGCUUGUUUUGAGCCAGCACAAAAACAUGUUUCUUUAUAUGGAAAGUUAUAGACACAGGAAACACAACUGCUCUUCUAGAAUUCACAUACAAGUGCUACUGACUGGAGUCCAUUUUGCUGAUGAACCUGCACAUUGUCCCAUUACCAGCUAAGGUUUCUCACUGGCAUCCUAGCUGGCUUUUUGCCUGCAGUCAGUGAAAACUCCAGUGACUCUUGCACUGGCCAGAGCAUUCAGGUCACUAGGGUAUUAUUUCCUUUUCUUUUCCCACACAGCCUUUUCAAGAAACUACUGAACCAGAAACUGCUCAUUCCCUCCCUUGUAGUCUCACACAGCCUGGGACAUGACACAGCACGUAGUUUUUGCUUCCUACCUGGGUGAACAGUGUUCAGAUCAAUUUCUUCAAUUACACAUAUUGCUUAUAAUGUUUUGCUUACAUAUGUAGUGUGCAACAAGCUAACCAAGACUUGUGGUUUGUAUUGAGUUAAUCCACUGGGCUUAAAUUGAGUUUGUUUAAUAGCCUGUCUAGCAAUAUAUACACGUGACUAAUUACACAAUUUUAUCAGCUUUUGUUGUAGGUUUUGUUCGUUUUUUUUACACUCACCCCACUACCACCCCCCACAGAGCAGGGACUUCUUCAGUACAAAACCCAUCCAAGUCCCAGUUACAGCAAAACUGCAGCACAGAGCAAAGCAUCUUGCAGCUCAGGGCUCGAUCCUCUAUCUCCCAUGGGAAACUGGAAGCACCAGCAAUUUAGUUUUUCGACAAAGACAUCGGAAAAUGUCUUUUGAUGGGGUCCUUAAACUAUAUCCUAGUUAACCUGUAAGUGUAUGUUAAUAGUAUGUAUACAUGUUCUAGAUGGCAGUAUUUGAACUGGAUGUAUUAGUAUCUUAUUUUAUUACAAAAAAGAGAACAAAAAUCAGGGCAUAAGUAUUCCCAGCUCUCGAGGUCUCCGAGCCAAACCGUAGUACACUGACCAGGAGGCCUGGUAAAGCCACAGGAUGUGUCUGUACACAGAAAUCACAACCUAUACAUAUUGCUGAGUCAGUGAGAUAACAUGAGAGUGUUAAUAGGUGACAGCUGCCUCUCAUUGCUGUAUUUUUGGAAGCACUAAGUGCCACCUUGGUGCAGCUGAGAUCUUAUCACCGGGUACAGGGCUCAGCCUCCCUCAUUCAUCCUGUCUGAAAAGUCAUGAACUUUGUUCCUACUUUUCCUGAGUACACAAAUGGAGGGUGGAGGGUUGUGGGAUCAUGUGAUGUACUAUAAAGCAAUGAACAUGUUUAUUGAUUUGCAUUUUGCAAGACAUUUCUCUCUGGCCACCAUGACCUCAAACAUUUCAAUGCGUAAGGUUGGCAUUUCUUAUAAAAACUGCUACCUUUAAAGUGAUCGUUUUUGUGUUACUUAAGUGUUGUUGGGUUUUGGUUUUUUACUUGGACACAGGUUGCUUUAAAAAAACCUACUCAAAAGUGAUUUUGUCACCAUUAAGUCUUUGCUUAAGUAAAAGAAGCAGUUGUGGACAUCUGGGAAAUUCUUGUGAGACUCUAUCCAAAUUCUCUGCAGUGUAUUUUGUUCCUACAGUCUCCUUGGAGACUCUCUUAUUCUAGUGUGUUAAAAUGGCUGUCUACAUUGGAGCCUGUGCAAUACAAGAGAAAUUUACUCUAAUAACUGAAUGCCAACAGUUUGGGGGAGACCCUAAUGCUGCAUUUGUUAUAUUUCUGUAGAGUACUGUUGCUUUUACAAGCCAUUUGAUCAGUUUUGUUUUCUUUCUUUCUUUCUUUUUUUUUUUUUUUUUUUUUGCUGGAAGACGGAUGGUUUUGAUAUUGCCUAGUUCUGAAUAGUAAAAUAUUUAAAAUCUACAGGAUUAGCUGCAUUUUGUUCUAGACUAUACAGAAUGUGAAUGUCUGAGUUACCAAUUUGGUCUGGAAUCUCUGAACCCCUUUAGCUGCUGAACGCUGAGUCACAAAACUUUCUCAGUUCUCAUAGGUGUAUACUAUAAAGUGGUGUAUAUGAAUUGCCGUUUCAUUUACAUAUACUUCUAGUGUUUCCUUUUUAAUGCUAUGCACCGUGUACUGAGUAUUCCUUUUCAACUAAGUGGGAAAAUCCUACGGUAUUUCUGUAUCGUUGCGAGGUAUUUUCCAGCCUUAUUUAAUGUUUUAUUCUGUUCACCCAUUGCUAUAACCUAUUCCAGUAUGCAGUCUUCUACACUGUUCUUUUGAAAUGCACAAAUGCGUCUUGAUUUUAAGAGGCCAAUCCUGAGACACUGAAAAGUAUUAAAACACUUUAUCAUGUUAUUCACUCUUCACUUCAUUUUACAGAAGGAAAAAACACUCAGGCCCACCUGAGAGAGAUCUUAAUAGCGGGAGCACUUUGCUAAUGUUUGUCCUUUUCCUCACUUCUUGGAUUGAAUUUGCAAAUAAGGGAAUCCUUUUUGCAGGUUUAGCAUAAUAAAAGAAUCAAACCAUCAA